UUUCUCUCCUUUUUUCCGGAACCACGUACUCUCCGAAGAUCUCUUAAUCCUGCUGAAUUGGCUGAGGCCCGGGAACAAGUUUACCAGUCAUGCUCAUCUCCAUUCAGAGCAGAAGUACUCAUCCCUCCGCCUAGACACAUGUUUUUAUUUUCUCGCUUUUUACUCCCUUCCCUGGUGUUCUCUUCAUCAAAGCUACCGCCUACCAAAGCAAUCCCAGCCACAUCCCAAGUUCCGUUGACAAUGGAGACAUUUUUCUCUGCUGCAUCGUCGGUACUUCGGGCCCUGGACGGUGUAGAUAAAUCGACGGGCCCCACUUGUCUGCAUCAAAAUAGAAUACUCAGUUUGACUUUGGAUACAGUUUCUUCAAUCCUCCCCUUCUCUCCGUCUCCUUCAUCCUCUUCUUGUGGACGUCCUGACUCAUUCUCUGCUGUCCUCAAUCAACGUGUUCAGUCGGUUGGGGUGCACCGGAAGUUGACGAGCAUCGGCAAGUGCCAGACUGUAUCACUUCCCCAUACUCGACAGAUGAGGCCAUCCUUUCGCCCCAUGGCAAUGUUGACCAACCUGCUCUUUUUGAUCCUGCUUUUCACGACCGUUCUCUCUGUCAAUGUGCAGACAUCAUCCAACACCGAAGUUUUAAAAGGUCCUCACAUUCGAGAUGCACGAUGGAGAAAUUUGACGGUCGAACUCGACUGA